UCCAGCUGCAGACAAAGAGGGAGGUGGAGGAGAAGGAGGGGAGAGCCGUGGGUGUCCAGCACAGGCAGCCCUUAAAUCCGCCCGGGACAGGUAGGGUCAGUGUGAUCCAACUGGCCCUGGGGGGUAAAGAGGGGGCUCUUCCUGUUCCUCCCCAACUGAGGGACAAUGGCCAGGCCCUGGCAGGCCCCACGGCCCCUGCUGCCCAUUCUGGUGACUCUGGUGGCCCUCACCUACCAAGCAGGGAAGAAAACCUUUAUAAGUAUCGAGGAAGUGCCUGCAGAGUCUAACUACAUGAAGGACACCUUGCAGUUUGUCAUGGACGAGUAUAACAAGGAAAGUGAUGACAAGUACAAUUUCAGGAUCUUCCGAGUCCUGAAGAUCCAGAAGCAGAUAACUGACCACAUGGAGUAUCACUUUAACCUGGACAUCCGGCGGACCACCUGCCUAAAGCUAGAGACGACCAACUGCGCCCCCCAGGAAGGGGAGCUUCACAAGCAAAUCAUGUGCAACUUCUCAGUGUUUGCUAUGCCCUGGUUUGAAAAGUACAAAAUUAAGAAAAAAAAAAUGCAUCAAUAGCUAGAUGUCCUUGAGCACACGCCUGUGCUCACCUGCGGCCGAGAGUCUCCUGCAAUGAGCGAUAAUCCUCACACAAACAGUAAAUGUUUGUCAACUGUUCUCUUAAGAUCAUGAUUCCACCCCCUUUUAUUUCUAUUUUUCCAAAUUCUU